CAGCUCUGACCUGCUACAGGGCGGCGGCGUUGCGGUGCGCAGCCCUGUGUUGAGCAGUCUACCUCUCCCAUCCCGUCAGCGUCCCUAAGGGCUACUGAGGAGCGGCCCCCUUAUCCCAGUUAUCCCAGCCUCCACUUUUCAGUGGCGCCGGGCUCAGCUCCGGAUCCCCGGCCGCCAGACGUCUGCUGGGGCCAAUAGUGCGCUCGUCGCGCUAGAUUCAGUUCCCGCCGGCGGAGCGGAGGCUGCACCGAGGGAGGUGCAGGGACGCGUAUCAGUAAAGGGAAGGAGAGCAGGGAAAACAAGAUGAGAAGAGAAUUAAGCUUGGUUCCCGUCGACAGGUAGUUGAGCGCGUCCGCUGAGACUCGGCGCUGGUCACGCGUCUGAGACCCCCAAGCUGGGCUCACUGCUCCUCUUGGGGAGGAGUGUCGCCUUGUGUCCUCCUAGGCCUCCACCCCCAAGAUGAGCUCUACACAUCCAGGGGUGCACAGGCUCCCAUCAAACCUCCCGUGAGAUUUAACCUCCGCACCUCCAAGGACCCAGAGCAUGAAGGGUGCUACCUGUCUCUGGGCCACAGCCAGCACUUCGAAGACUGUGGCUUCAAUGUGACAGCCAAAACCUUCUUCAUCAUUCAUGGAUGGACGAUGAGUGGCAUGUUUGAGAACUGGCUGUACAAACUCGUGUUAGCCCUGCAGACAAGAGAGAAGGAAGCCAAUGUUGUGGUGGUUGACUGGCUCCCCCUGGCUCACCAGCUUUACACAGAUGCGGUUAAUAACACCAGGGUGGUAGGACACAGUAUUGCAAGGAUGCUCGACUGGCUGCAGGAGAAGGAUGAUUUUUCUCUCGGGAAUGUUCACUUGAUAGGCUAUAGCCUUGGAGCUCAUGUGGCUGGGUAUGCUGGCAACUUCGUGAAGGGCGCAGUGGGCCGAAUCACAGGUUUGGAUCCAGCUGGGCCCAUGUUUGAAGGGGUGGACAUCCACAGGAGGCUGUCCCCUGACGAUGCAGACUUUGUGGAUGUCCUCCACACUUACACGCGUUCCUUCGGCUUGAGCAUCGGGAUUCAGAUGCCUGUGGGCCACAUUGACAUCUACCCUAAUGGAGGUGACUUCCAGCCGGGCUGUGGACUCAGUGAUGUCUUAUCAAUUGCAUAUGGAACAAUCACGGAGGUGAUGAGAUGUGAGCAUGAGCGAGCCGUACACCUCUUCGUCGACUCCCUGGUGAAUCAGGACAAGCCAAGCUUUGCGUUCCAGUGCACAGACUCAAACCGCUUCCGAAAGGGGAUCUGUCUUAGCUGCCGAAAGAACCGUUGUAAUAGUAUUGGCUACAAUGCCAAGAAAAUGAGGAACAAGAGGAAUAGCAAAAUGUACCUAAAAACCCGGGCAGGCAUGCCUUUCAGAGUUUACCAUUAUCAGAUGAAAAUCCAUGUCUUCAGCUACAAGAAUAUGGGGGAAACCGAGCCCACCUUUUAUGUCACCCUUUAUGGCACCAAUGCAGACUCCCAGAUCCUGCCUUUGGAGAUAGUGGAACAGAUCUGGCUGAAUGCCACCAACACUUUCCUGGUCUAUACAGAGGAGGACUUGGGAGACCUCCUGAAAAUCAAGCUCACCUGGGAGGGGACAUCUCAGUCCUGGUACAACCUGUGGAAGGAGCUUCGUAGCUACCUGUCUCAACCCCGCAACUCUGAAAGAAAGCUGAAUAUCAGACGCAUCCGGGUCAAAUCUGGGGAAACCCAGCAGAAAUUGACUUUUUGUGCAGAAGACCCUGCGAACACCAGCAUAUCCCCUGGUCAAGAGCUCUGGUUUCACAAGUGUCAGAAUGGCUGGAGAAUGAAAAAUGAAACCAGUCCGGCUGUGGAGCAUCCCUGAGGGGCCAGCAAGGCCUCCCACACCGAGCCCGCCAAGCACGUGGAGGAAAGUUACUGCUGAGGACCCACCUGAGGGAUGGAUCCCUCAUGGCCUUGCCCCUGGGGCACUGGGAAAAGCCUGCUUGCUGGGCCUGUGACCUUGCCUCCUGCGACAGCUGGGACUUCUUGCCAGAGGAGACAGUGCACUGCUGCUCCUGCGGCUGCUCUAGAAUAGCUCUGACUCCAGAUCUGUGUGCAAACGGCUGAGGGCCCAGGCCUCUUGUGUAUGCUGGACUGGUUUCUAAGUGACUGAUGAGCCUGUAUACUUGACAAGGAACACGGGCUCUGAAGUGGCUCUGCAUGAAAGGUUGUCAGCUGCCCAACCUGACUUGAGUCAUGGUGAGAGGUCUUUCCACUGGGAGCUGAUUUGCCUCAGGAUGGCAGCCCUAUGACCUCGUUCACCCAGAGAGGGGAGAGUAGAUCUGGGGCAGCACCGAGGCCCUGACUGUUGGGGUUCAAUGGGCUGCAUUGAUCAAAUACUGGUUAUAUUUUAGACAUUCUGUUUUGCUCCCUGACUCUCUCUCUAAAGCACACAUAACUGGCCUUAUUUUUCCAUUGCUCAUUUUUUGAUUGGACAAAUGUUUAUUAAGCACUUAAACUUAACUGGCAUGUGGCAGUAGACACAUUAGUAAACCUCUCCAUACUCUGUCCUCAUUUGGCACCUAAUAGGGUUGGGAUUUCUAAACUCCCUUCCAGUUUAGAUGGUCCAUGAAUAUACCUGUGAUGAAAGGCACUAAAGGCAUCAGGAGGGCUGCAGGAUGAAAGAGUUGGAAACCCUGGGGAUUUAAGUGGUUUCUAUCUAUUUCUUCUUAGUUAACAUGCACAUUCCCCCUGAGAGUGGCAGGUGUGAUCACUAGCAGAGUAGCAGAAUAUCAUACCUGCUGGGACAGAAUGGUGGCCAAUUGCAGAACCUGAUUGCUUCAGAGCAAAAUCUCUUCUGUUUAGGAAGAUGGAAGGCAUUACAUAUGUUAUACAUAUCUAUCUAUGCAGAUACCAGAGCUGGCGCCAAGAUUUAAUGCAAUGCUUUUUCCUUCUUGGGAGAUCCUGCUCUACACCAGUGCCUUUUCUGUAUUCUGAACUUGUUGGAAAAGCCUCCAAUUCUAGAUCUUGGUUUAAAUGAAUUUACAUGAUACCUGAGAAACCCUUUUAUGCUUUUCAAAAGAUUUGCAUGCUAUCACCUACCUGGAGAUUCACAACGAGAGGUGAGCGGGGCAGCUCUUACUUAUCUCUAUUUCACAAAACUAAGGCUUAGUGAGCUCAGUCACACGCCUGGAAUUAUACACCAAACUGGUGGUGGAGCCAGUGAGGACCCAGAUUUCCUGGCGGCAGAGUCUGGGGUAUGCUCAUCUCGGCAACUUCAUCAAACCGUCUAUUGCUAUUUCCCACCAAUAUGUCCCACAUGUGCAAACAGGGAAGGUUUUUCAGAGCCAUCCAUAAAACUGUAACUCCUUUCAUUAAUAUAACCACAACCAGGAGAAAGACUGCCAAGGCAUUGAGCUUUUUAUGGGUAAGAUUUAUUUGGAAGGAGAUAUGAUGUCUUGUAUGGGGGAAGAGUAAUUUUCUUUGUGCUUAGGUUUUUAAAGAACAUUGUUUUAAUCUGUAUUGUGCCAAAGUUGUAUCAUUGUUCAAUGCCAAACUUCGGAAGAUAUGACCAGUCAAGUUUUAAUUCAAGGUGUUUUCUCAGUCCAGUUGUGUACUGUUUCUGUUGCUUCUGUGAUUGUUUUCCAGCCAAAGUGGAGCUUGUCUUACUGACUGUACAUUCUAGUUACUUCUGACUCCUGUUUUUAGUAACAGAAGCCUUGGGAAUCAAAUCUUCAAUGGGUCCUGUAUUUAUACAUUUGGCUUGAAGCCUUAUUUGUAUAUAACGAUGCUUUUUUUUUUUAAUGCUUAGAGCACUAUUUAUUUCACAAGUGUAUAUAAUGUUUAAAAACAAAUAUGUAGUUAGUUUUUACUUUCUGAUUAACCAAUUUCAAGAUUAAACAUUUUUAAUAGAAAAUAAUAAAAAUAUAUGAAAUUCUCA